UGUGACACAGUAACCUUAAUGCGUGUUUGAGUGAAUGUGCUUACAGAAUGUACCAUUCAUCUAUCCAUCAAAUAUUGUCAUUAUUGUUGAAUUGUAGUUCCAAAGAUUUAUUUUUACCUUCUGUGGCUCCACCUGGAGAAUGCCGACUUGGCAACACUGUUCAUUAUCAAGAUAGUUAGUCUAUUCUCAGAUACCGAAGAACACGUGUGUUUAUUUUUACUACCGAAACUAGUCGAACUUCCAUAAUAUCAUAAUAGGUUAUGGGCCCAGGGCAAAUCGACUAGCUUUUUUUCCUUUCCUGGGUGAAGAAAACGGCCAAAACGCUAAUCGCGAGUUUUUUGUUCGUUACCGUGCUGUUCAGAAUUUCGGUAGGAAUGGCUGUAAACUAUCUAAAUAGUGUACUGAAUUUAAUAGGACGCGAAAGCUAUAAAGAUUGGUGUUUCGCCAUGGAGAACGUUUUCAUUUUAGAAGGUUUAACAAAGUGUGUGGACGGUAGUGAGACUGAUACGGUGCUGAUACCGAAAGCAAAAGCUAAAUUGGUUUUGACUAUAGAUCCGUCACUAUACGGCCAUGUUAAAGAAGGAAAAACGUGCAAAGAAGUUGGGGAGAAAAUCAAAAGCCUUUACGAAGACACUGGUUUUACAAGUAAAAUAGGAUUGCUAAGAUCCCUAAUCUCAUUGAGGCUCGACAACUGCCAGUCAAUGGAUAAUUAUGCGAACCAGGUAAUUGAAUCAGCCCAGAGACUUCGGAGAACCGGUUUCAAAAUGGACGAUGAAUGGGUUGGGUCUCUUAUUUUGGCGGGAUUGCCUGAUAGAUAUUCACCUAUGAUAAAGGCUAUCGAACAUUCAGGAAUAGACAUAAGCGCAUAUGAUGGAACUCGAACAGGUGCUUUUGCAGCAAAACAUGACAGUUUACAAAAUCAGUUCAAGGGAGAUAACGCCAGCAAUGACGAAAGGAAGACAAAUGACAGAAGCCAUGACUGUCGAAAUGUAAAUAAACAUUGGAACAAACGCAAGGUCUAACCAGAAAUCGUCGGAGAAAAAUGCCUUUACUGCUGUGUUCCUGAGCGGAAACUACAGUAAGGAACAUUUUUAUUUGGAUUCAGGGGCAAGUAACCAUAUGUCACCAAACGAAAGUUAGAUAAAGAGUCCUUCGCCUUCAAUAAUUUCAGAAAUUAUAGUUGCAAACAAACAAAAGCUGCAAGUGAAAUGUCCCGGGAACAUUGAGAUAAUUACACAAUCUUUAGGAAAAUGUAACAGUGGAAAAUGUGUUGUGUGUUCUAGAACUUUCAACCAACCUUUUAUCGGUAAGUCAGCUAGUUUCCAGGGUAAAUCAAGCAGUUUUUCAUGACUCUGGAUGUACGAUUUACAACAAAACAGGCCAAUUGCUUGCUACAGCAGAUUUGGUUGAUGGUGUCUAUAAAUUGAACCUCAAAAGAAAUGUCUGUAUGAUUACUGUGUCAGCUGAAACCUGGCAUCGAAGAACACGUGUGUUUAUUUUUACUCCCGAAACUAGUGGAACUCCAGAAAAUCAUAUUUAUAACGAUCACAACGUUCCAAAAGUGGUUAAUUAUUUGCUUCUAUGUUGUGUGAUAGUAUUGUAAACAAAUAUAUUUUCAUUAAUUCUUAGCAGAAUUGCAAUAUGUACUUCAAUAAAUAGGCUGAGGUAGU